CGUGGCAGGAACUCCGUGCUUGGCAGUUGAUCUUUGACAUCUAGAGUUCCCUAUACCCGUUUGCUUUCAGCUGCUUGUGCUUUGCUCUCAGGGAUCAGAGGAGAAAGAGAGAGCAGAGACAGCGGCUAUUUCUCCAUGGGAAGAGCUGCCGGGUCCCGCUCGCUGCAUGACCAGAAUCCACCGGCUCCGUUCCGCCAUUUUGAGAGAGGACACCCGGUCUUCAACACUCGGAACAUCGAGCCCAAGGACACCGUCCCCUUCCGAAACCGCCACGUGGCAGCACCUCCUGACAGACUAAGCCAAGAGGAACAGGACAAGAACCAGAUCGCGCCGCCUCCUGACCCCUACGAGAUUGCGGUCGAGGUCGAGGCCCUGGUUGGCCCUCGCUCUCCGAGUCCCACGCCUUUUAAGAUCGCAGAGUCCCUGGCCUCAACCAGCCAAAGACGCCAGGGCAGCUCAUACGGUAAAGGAAACCUCUCCUCCCCCCAGUCUUCAUCCAAUCAGCAGCCUGGACGACAUGAUGCCUCGAGACUAGGUUCCACCCUCCAAUCUCGUUCUUCGUCUCCAGCACGAGGGCGAUCACCGUUUGGGCGUGGCGAGGGGAGCCUCUCCCUCAACACACGAAGCUUUGAUGGCGGUGGCCCAGAGAGACGGUCCAGGAGCCCCUCCCAGGCCCCAUCUGGGAGAGCUACCGGUUCAGGAACACUGCCCAAGAACUUCAAAUCAUUUGCUAGUUCUGCCAAAUCCAAAGGCACUACCGUUUCAGACUUUAAGAGCGUCUUGCGUAAAUCGAGUGAGACAAAUGGUGUGUUGAGCGGCAGAGUCCAGGACGGCAGAAGCGUUUCUCCUUUGAGGAAGGACCACAGUACAUCUGGCCUUGCCUCAUUUCGCAAAACAGAACCUCUGAGCAGCAUCUCCAAUGGCCAGAGGCAGCUGGGUAACAGUUAUUCCUCUUUGCCCCCAAGACCAGACCACGGUGGCUUCCGUGAGGUGGACAGCUCUCUGCUGGCCAGGAAAAGUUACAGCUCAACAAGUCACAGCCCAAUCAGGAAGUCUGGAUCCGUCACAUCCCUCAGUAGUAGAAGUCAUCCAGGUCGCUGCGGCUCCCCCAUCAGGGAGGGAUACGACAUCGAGAGCCAGGCUCUUCUACGCAACCCGGACGCAAGAAACACACAGAACAAUCUAGAACAGGACAACUGCAGCUUCCGAUCGGCCAGACGCAGCAAUGACACAAUGGUCAACCACUUGAUGUCGAACAAGACUGCUUCGAGCAGUUAUAGCAGGAGUCGAGUUAAUGAGAGCCGAAGUUCUUCUCCAGGAAGGAAGAGCCACGAGUCUCCGGGACGGUACCUAUCCAAGAACGCAGAACCUAAAGGUCCCUUUAGCGACUCUGGGCGUACCUCUCCGAGACGGACCUACGAUAGUCCUACCAAAGGCCUCAAGUCUGAGUCAGGUGGUUUUGCCCGGAGUCGCAAUGGACGCAGUUCCUCGCCCCCUAGAAGAAGCUAUGAGCCUCCGGUAGCUUCCUCGCUACGGAAGACAGAGUCCGUCACCUCUCUCAACCGCCUCGGCUCCUCCACCUCCAGAACCCCCAACGCUGAAUCGCCAGGCUACUCCAUCCUGAGUAAAAUCACCACAGCAGAGAGCAACAGCCACUUCCAGAGGAGAACCACCCAGGACUCGGUUAUGUCUGAGAGGAACAGCUCCUCACGCUCCCUGAGGGAUUCAACAUAUAGCUCGUCUGCAUGCCGAACCUGCUCGCCAAGCAGGACAGCAAGCUCUCUCGCGCACAGAGAGACCAGUAAAACAACCAGCCUCCACGCACCAAGGGAGACCAUUAAAACAACCAGCUUCCAGGCACCAAGAGAGACCAGUAGACCAACCAUCUCCCAGGCACCAAGAGAGACCAGUAAUACACCAAGCUUCCAGGCUCAAAGAGAGACCAGUAGAACAACCAUCUCCCAGGCACCAAGAGAGACCAGUAAUACAACAAGCUUCCAGGCUCAAAGAGAGACCAGUAGAACAACCAUUGCCCAGGCACCAAGAGAGACCAGUAGAACAACCAUCGCCCAGGCACCAAGAGAGACCAGUAAUACAACAAGCUUCCAGGCUCAAAGAGAGACCAGUAGAACAACCAGGUUUCAGGCACCAAGAGACACCAGUAGAACAACAACCUUGCAUGCACCAAGAGAGACCAGAAGAACAACAAGCUUCCAGCCAUCAAAUGAGGCCAGUCGAACGGUGGGCUCUCAGGGGCCCCGCGAAACCAGUAGGUCAGCGGGAUUCCAUGUGACCAGGGAGACCAGCCGGCAAGGUUUCCAGGAGUCCAGGGAGACAAGCAGGCAAGGUUUCCAGGGGCCAAGGGAGACCAGUAGAACCGCCUCGUCAGUCAGUAGACCAGCAUCCAGGAGUUCAAGCGUCAACCGGUUCUCCGACAGCAUGAGGGGCAUGGAGGAACGAAGCCCCUCCCCUGAAAACCAUAGGCCCUUCCGCCGCACACAGAGCCCCUCCCCCCCGCCGCUGAUCCAGCUGCAGAGGAACACCUCUUCGCAGAGCUCCAUGGACUCCUGGGAGUCUGGGGGUCGGAGCGGGGAGGAGUCGGGAGGCAGGAGUAGGGAGGAGUAUGCGGUGUUGGCUGAUGUGCCGAGAGGCCGGACGAUCCACCCGAGAGAGGAAGCAGUGAAACCCCAGAACCACCAGGCACCACGAGGGAGACAGGAGCUUUUUAAACCGGCCAGUCAUUCUGUGAGCAGACACCCGUCCAGGGAGAGAGACCAACCCGGAAGCCACCACAGAGAGAUGCUGGGUUGGGGAAACCUUUCCAGAUCCCACUCCCCCACCUCUCUGUUCAGACAGGGGUGUGGUCCUACGGGGGAGGAGGGAACCGGAAACACCCACAUACCUGAACUGACACAGGUAUGCCCCAUAGUGUGUGUGGGUUGUGCGUGUGUGUGUGUAUAUGUCUGUUUGCUAUUUUCAGUAUGAUAAUGACACUGUAUAGUCUAACUGU